AUGGAAGUUGUAGUGAAGAGCAUCGGGACCGCCUUUACUGUGGCAGUAAUACCUGUAUUGAAGGAUAACUACUCGUAUGUCAUUCACGACAAGGCAACAAACACACUGGCUGCCGUCGACGUUUCAGUGGACAUCGACCCAGUAAUUGAUUAUGUACGGCGCCUCGGUGGCGUCGACCGCACGACCGAUCUUCGUACAAUCCUUUCCACUCAUAAACACCACGAUCAUUCGGGUGGAAACAUCAGCCUUCAGAAAAAACUGAAUGCUAUGGGGGCAUUCCGUAUUAUCGGCGGUGCGAACGAACCCAUACCAGGUGUCACAGAAAAGGUCCGUGAAGGUGAUCACUUCUCUAUUGGGGAAUUAAAGGUAGAUGUGCUGGACGCCCCAUGUCACACAAGUGGUCACGUUCUAUACAAGGUGUACCACCCGCAAAAGGCGGAGAAUGGUAUUGCACUCUUCACCGGUGAUACAAUGUUUGUCGGUGGCAUUGGUGCCUUUUUUGAGGGCGACGCCGUACUUAUGUGUAGCGCCCUGCGGAAGGUGUACAAUCUUAACGGUGCCUGUGAGAGCAGUGCGUGUGAUGCGACGGAUGUGCAAAAACGAGACAAUCAUACGUAUAUAUUCCCUGGACACGAGUAUACCGUCAAUUUUCUUCGUUUCUCGCGUGAUGCUCUCCCCGCUUCACAUCCCGAUGUAUCAUUUGUUGAGGCGCAAUUGCGCCGUUACACAGAGAGUGUUGCAGGCAACGUUCCAACUGUGCCAAGUACACUCGCGGAGGAGAAACGACAGAAUCUCUUUCUCCGUACAUGCGAUGAAGCAUUCGUGCGUGUUAUGAAUAAGGGCGAAACCGCCGUGAAAUUGAUGGACUUCCUCUAUAAUACGUGUCCGUAA